AUGUCGUUCUAUUUGGGGCUGAGAGCAGACAAUGGCAUCAUCGUGAUUGCCAACAGUGGCGUCAGGUUCAUACCAACUGCAUUAGAGGCUGAAUAUUCCAGUCAGGUGAGCACUGUGGUUGUCGGUGCAGUGAUUACCUUCUUCAGUCUAAUAAUGCUACUUGACCUGGUCACAAUUGGUCGAGAUAAUCAUCUGCUUAAAGUAAGCCUGAGCCUACAAAUUAAACGCUGGCGCUUAUUCCGCCUGCGCAAUAAAAAACUCCGAAAAAGAAGACUUCACGCUAAUAAGCCGAUUGUCUCCAACGACGAUUGUCCAGCAGAGGCGACAACAACGGGCGGACCAUUUGAUUCACAGGCCAUUUUGGAGACUGUAACCUGCAAAAUGAUCGGUCCAGAGAUUGGGGUCAUUCAUAUCCAGGACAUAAAGCAAGCAGAUGAAGCACAGGCGGAACUAGAUGUGAAAGCAGACCAAACCUAUGAACUGGAUUACGAGAAAGAGUCUCCGUUAGAGAGCGAAAAAUGUGGGGCCGACAGCAUGCAAGGAGAAACUAUUAAGCAACAAAAUUGGUGUCACACUGAUAAUUAUGCUUUGACCUCAGAUAUUUCGGUGAAUGUACCUCUUCAAAAUCGAGCAGUCAUGUUUAUGACAGAGGCCGAGGAAGAACAGGAAUUAUUUAAUUAA